AAAUCGGAAGUUAUCUUGCUGUUCAAAGUGGCUUGACAGCUAACUAGCGUUAGCAACAAAGUUGGCUAUCCUCAAAAGGAUUUCACCGAUACUGGUUUAUGAUACAAACUCAUAAUGCAGAAUCACUGCGCUGUGCCGAACUGUACUAGUGGCAGAUCCGACCCUCAGCCACUCUUCAGGUUUCCGCAUGAUCCAGAAAGGUCCAAGAAGUGGGUUGAAAAAUGCCAGAGGCAAGACCUCAUAGACAAACCUCCAGACCAGUUGUACAGAUACUACAGACUUUGUGGAAAACAUUUCGAAACAUCUUGGAUUGAUAGUGACGCUCAGAGUACAGUGUUGAAGGAGGAUGCCGUACCAACUAUCUUUGACGUGCCAAGCCAACCUCAAAAUGGGCAGGUGAAGCGCAGUAAAGAGACGACCAAAGAUGAUGAAAUGGAGAGUAAGGGGAGAAAAAAAAUCAAAAAGUCUCAAGCAGAGGCAGCUAAGGAAGAUGUCCAGACACUCCCAGAGGAAGAGGAGUACAAAGAGUAUCUUACGUCAUUAUUUGAAGUUCUUGUACUGUUGGCGGAGCAAAGCAUUCCUCCGACGGGGCCUGGUGAUAAUAAACAGGAUGGCCUCGGCUCAAGCAACUUUCAGGCGUUGUUAGAAUAUCGCAUGAAUUGUGGAGAUGAAGUCCUUAAGAAGAGGUACGAUGUGAAUAAGGAGUGCUGCUCCUCAGCUCAGCUGAAUCAGUUGAUUGAGGUGUGCGAGAAAUGCAUCCACAGUAAGCUGGCGGAGGACGUUAAACAAAACGGCUUUUUCUCAUUACUUACUGAGGAUUUGGUAAAGAUCUCGGGAGAAUGGUACCUCCCCGUCUUUCUCCGUUAUGUGGACCAGUCUAACAUCCAGCGGGAGAGGUUUGCUGGAUUCUUGUCCUGUGAAGGAGACGCAGACGCCUUAGCAGAGAAACUGCUGUCUGAAAUGACUGACAAAUGGGGCUUAGAUAUGGCACAGUGUAGAGGUCAAGCUCACUCCUGCUCUGGGACACAUUUUAGUAAAAUAAAAACAUUUGCUGCCAAACUGAUGGAGAAGUAUCCAAUGGCAGUGCUUGCACUAAGAUCUACUCGUGCAUUGAACGUGUCACUGGCAAAUGGUAUGGCUUUGUCAGGGGUUCAGCUUGUCAUGUCUACCUUUAAGAAGGUCGAGUCAUUCUUCAGUCAGUCCACUUUGCUGCAGUUGGAGUUGGAGCAUGCCAUUUCGAUUUUCCACCCGGACAAAGAGGAGAGAGCCACGGAACUGAAGGAGAUCUGCCGAACCAGCUGGACCGGACGACAUGAUGCAUUUGAGGUAGCAGUGGAAAUCCUAGAGGCAUUACUACUCUGUGUGGACAGUGUGCAUGACAACGAGGACAUGAGGUGGAACGAUCAAGUCACACACAACGCCUUAGAGAUUUCAAAAGCACUAGCUGAUUUCGAGUUUGUCAUGGCACUGGUCGUGCUGAAAAACACUAUGACACUUACACGAGCGUUUGGGAAGAACGUUCAAGGGAACGCAACAGAUGCCCACUUUGCUGCAACCAGCUUAAAAGCUGUAUUGCACUCCCUGAAAGAAGUGUCUGACAACAUCGAUGUGUAUCACGAGUUCUGGAUCGACGAGGCCGUUAACCUAGCCGCUGCGAUGGAGAUCCCAGUUAAGGUUCCGCGGUCAUUUUUGAGGAAGCAUCAAUCAGAAUCUGGAGCCGUUCAGCCGGAGAGUUACUACAAGGAGCACCUGUCUGUUCCCGUGGUGAACUAUGUCAUCAAAGAAAUGAAUGAACUCUUCUGUGAGGACCACCUGAAGGCUCUGAGAUGUCUGUCACUGGUCCCUGCUGUCAUAGAGCAGCAUAAGUCUACUGAACCCGAGGAAGAGAGUGUGCAAGUGUUUAAAAAUGACAUCCCUAAUGCAGGAACCCUCUCCGCCGAGCUGCACUGUUGGUGGGUUAAAUGGAGCAAAAAGGGCAAAGGCGAGACUCUGCCCUCCAGUCUCCAUGAAACACUGCAGCUGGGCGAUGUGAAGUUCUUCCCGAACAUGCUUGCAGUCCUGAGACUGAUCGGCAUCCUGCCCACUUUGGCUCUGGAGGACAGCGGCGAUGUGGCGUAUAAGCGCUUCCAGAUGUACAUGGAGAACACGCCUGACAAAUUUAAAUCAAAAAGUCUCGCUCUUCUGACCAUGAACUAUGAUGUUGGGUAUGAUCUGGAUUCAAUGGUUGAGGUCUACAUGAAGACAUACCCUGACAGGGAGGAGGCGUCUUAGUCAGUUGUGAUAUGGUAGUUAAGCCUCCGGACAGAUUAUCCACAGCUUUGUUAAUGAGUCAUGUGCAGACUGUGUUAAUAUUGACGAGAUAAACUUGUUUCUUUUUUUCCACUAUCUAGCUCUAGAAUCUUUUUGUAGGCUGGUUUUUGUGAUAGAAUGUAGAACGUAAAUGAACGAGAAACUGGGCUGCAAAGUGUCAUCAGUUGAGUGAUAAAUAUCAGACAUCUUUGAAUUUGGUUUUUGCUAUGCUUGUCCUUCAUGCUGGUUUCAUGUUAUGUUUUGGGCCGCUCUGGAAGCACCCUGUAAACUGCCCGGGGUGGAUAUGAGUCCUCAUUCCAGCUAUCCAAGUCCAUUCAUUGACCAAAUGGACUGAAAUAAGUUGUAAAUUGUUUAUGUUUUAAGAGUGGGAGUUAAUACUCAUGUAAGCCUUGUUAAAGUGUUUUUGCUGUGUCAGCCAAUGUUCUGCUGACAUAACAGUUGCAUAAGGGGGGAUCAGCUGUACAUCCUGAACAUGUUAAUAAAGAGGUAGUCUCUUGGGUUUAAUAA